AGUCUAAAAAGCCUGUGUGUGUUCAAUACUGAAGGAGUCACUGAUCGGUCCGGCUGCUGAAGGGCAACAGAAGGUGUGUGCGUCCAAGAAUCCAGACAAACCCUAAACGUCCCGACUCCACUCUUCUACAUUCAGCCAUGGUGGACAAACUGGCUGCUGUAGGACGCAUGCUGCUGCGGCGCCGUGUCCUGAACUGUUCCAGCGAGGAGACCCGCUUUGCCCGCUGCCUCUCCACUCUGGAUCUGGUAGCCCUGGGUGUUGGCUCUACACUCGGUGCUGGCGUAUAUGUGCUAGCUGGAGAGGUAGCGAGAGAGAAGGCAGGUCCUGCUAUUGUGCUUUGUUUCCUGGUGGCAGCCCUGUCGUCCAUGCUGGCAGGACUUUGCUAUGCAGAGUUCGGGGCUCGAGUGCCAAAGACGGGCUCGGCUUACCUGUACAGCUAUGUGACUGUGGGAGAAAUCUGGGCCUUCAUUACUGGCUGGAACCUCAUCCUGUCUUAUGUCAUUGGUACAGCCAGUGUUGCUCGAGCCUGGAGCUCCACCUUUGAUAACCUGAUAGAACAGCGGAUCUCGAGCUUCUUCAGGUCAGUCAUGGCCAUGAAGGUUCCAGGCAAUGUGCUCGCUGAGUACCCAGACCUGUUCGCACUUGUUCUCAUUCUGCUGCUGACUGGCCUGCUUGCCUUUGGUGUAAGUGAGUCUGCGCUCGUGAACAAAAUCUUCACCGGAAUCAACCUGGUGGUGUUGGGCUUUGUUAUGAUCUCCGGCUUCAUCAAAGGCGAUACAGCGAACUGGAAUCUCACAGAGGAUUACUUUGUCAAUGAUACGAACAUCACAACACUGGCAGACAUGGAGAAAUCUUUUGGAAGUGGUGGUUUUGCACCAUUUGGCUUCAGAGGCAUCUUGGCUGGUGCAGCCACAUGUUUCUACGCUUUUGUGGGAUUUGAUUGCAUCGCAACUACAAGUGAGGAAGCCAAGAACCCGAUGCGCUCCAUCCCUUUGGGGAUCGUUAUUUCUCUGCUCAUCUGCUUCUUCGCCUAUUUUGGCGUUUCAGCCGCCCUUACACUAAUGAUGCCAUAUUACAAGCUCAAUACCCAGAGUCCUUUGCCUGAGGCCUUCAGCUAUGUGGGCUGGGCACCAGCACGAUACAUAGUGGCUGUGGGUUCACUCUGCGCUCUCUCUACCAGUCUGCUGGGCUCCAUGUUUCCUAUGCCACGUGUAAUCUACGCCAUGGCCGAGGACGGGCUGCUGUUCCGUUCUCUCUCCAGCAUGAGCAAGCGCACCAGAACGCCACUCCUGGCCACGGCGGUGUCUGGAUGUGUAGCAGCACUCAUGGCUUUCCUGUUUGACCUGGCUGCAUUGGUUGACCUCAUGUCUAUUGGGACGUUGCUGGCUUACUCUCUGGUGGCUGUGUGUGUUCUCAUUCUCAGAUACCAGCCUGGAACGCUUAACUCCUUCGGUCAGAGUGAAAAGCUGGUGGAGCUGGUGGGAGGUGAGAAGGUGGCUGUGUCUGGAGACAGCGGAGAUGAAUAUGGUCUCGACUCAGAUGAUCGUCUCCCCAGGGAGAAGUUCUCCUUCAAGCUACUCUUGGUUCCCUCCAGGGACAGCCCGACCAAAAUAUCUGGAGCAAUCGUCUAUGCCGUGACGGCGAUUAUCUCCGUGCUGAUCACUGCGCUGUGUGCCGUGUUGGCCAUGUGGCUAGACGCACUGCUGGAAGGCCAUAUUGUGUGGGUGGCUGUGUGUGCUGUUCUCAUGUCAUUGUGCUGCUUCUGUGUCAUCGUUAUCUGGAGGCAGCCUGAGAGCAAAGAAGCGCUCACUUUCAAGGUGCCUCUUCUGCCUUGGCUGCCUUUGUUUAGUGUUUUUGUCAAUAUCUACCUCAUGAUGCAGCUGGAUCUGGCCACGUGGUGCCGCUUUGCAGUUUGGAUGGCUCUUGGCUUCCUGAUUUACUUUUUCUAUGGGAUCUGGAACAGCAGUGAGGCCCUGAACAGCACCCAGCAAAAGAAGAAGAAGAAGACCCCCAUCUACUUGGCAGGUGAUGACAGUGAGGUGGAGGGCAUGUCUCCCUGAUAAACAGAGAAGCAGCUCCUCUCGGACCAUGAAGUACUCCACGUACAUUGUGAAGAUUACACAUUCAGUGUUAUACAAUCGCAAGCUUUUAUUAUAUACAUUUGGUCAAGCAUUUAUUUGAGGGGGGGAAAAAAAACAACCUAGAAUGUACUCCGUACAUUAAAUCAAUCUGAUGUUAACGAUUUUACUUGAUAUUGAUGGUAAAGAAUGGUAAUAGUCCAGUACAGAUAAAUCCGAGCAGUGUUGUAGCUAAUGAAGGUAGUGUACUCUUCAUACUGUAGAAGCUGGUGUGUCUUAGACCAUAGGCUAAAUGUAUACAGGGUAUUUGCGAACGAAUGGCGAUUGUUAGUUGUUUCCGUAACUUUGCUGUAAUUACGUCGUCUAUUAAAACCAUUCGGAGCCCUUUUGGGACAGAGCUGCUACGAAGUCCAUAGUGGGGUCCAGCCACGUUAUGUGUAGCUCUGUAUGAUGUUACAGUGACCUCUAGUGGCUAAUGUACAAACUGCAAUAGCAACUCCUUCCAGAACACUAACUCGCUACAUUGCAACUUCACUUGUUUACGCUUUAACAUUGAACUCUGACUGGUCUCAGCAAUUAUUCAGUAUUAAGGCAAAAACCUUAGAUUUGAAUGGUUUCUUUAAAUUUUUUUUUUUUUAAAUAAAAAAAAUACACAUUGACUAUUAGCUAGCCUGCGACCCUGUAGAGGGAUGAAGCGGCUAGAGAUAACGAAAUCAUGUGAGAUGACUAUUACUAAUGAUUAGUACUGUAGAACGUCUGAGUGAGCUGGAAGUGUGUGUGUGUGUGAGGCGACUCUAGAACAACUUUUUCUUGUUCUGCUGUGUAAGUUCAUAACUUUUUUUUUUUUUAAAUAAACGUUAAUGCCCAUGUAUAACCAAAAAAAGCAAGUAUUUAAGAAACUAGACAGCCUCGACAGGAAGUUUUGGAAAGCUGGGAAGUCACAGAAAGCUCAUGCACUGGAAUUUUUUUUGAAAAUUGUAAUUUUUGAUAGAUAUAUUUUAAACUGGAAUGUAAAGGCCUUAUGGACUGUGUAUGCUGGUGUACAUCAAGAGUAAAGGUGAGAGGGUGUGUGCGUGUUUUUUUUUUUUUUUUUUUUUUUUUAAAUAUGUUAUUCCACAAAAUCGAGUCGUACAUGAGCUGAUGGUUAAGUUAGCCAUGUACAAUGAGAUUGAGUGGAAUAACUGUUAUUCUAUCCACAUUCACUGGAUUUUGAGAAACGGGGCAUUUUUAUUUUUUGUAAAUUCAGUAAAUAAAAACCUUUUUUUAUACAAAAUGUCCAAUCAUCUCCACUUAAUGUAAACAAACCGGCAAAAUGACAGUAGCAAUUUGUGAAAAAUGCUAUGAUAAUUCUUGAAAAAUAAGACGUUUGUACCAUCAAAUACUUUCAUUCCUUUUUUUUUGGGGGGGGGGGUCUCUACUCACGGUAUAUGAGGUGAUAUCCUAGUAGUAGAGUAGCCUACUCUUAGAGUAGCCUAACCAUCAAAUACUUUCAUUCCUUUUUUUGGGGGGGUCUCUACUCACGGUAUAUGAGGUGAUAUCCUAGUAGUAGAGUAGCCUAUCGGAGCAUGCAAUUGCUCAUAUCCAGUAAAUGUGGAUAGAAAUAUAUAAAAAAAAUAACUCCUACAAUGGACGUGAAGUUCCUGAAUGAAUUGGUUCGUAUCAUCUCACAAUAUUGAUACUUGGGAGGGGGAAAAUAUAUAUUUUUAGUUUCCAUUGAAACUUUUUUUUUUUUUGCUGUGUUUGUGUUUUAAUCUUUUUUUUAAAGAAUUAUUUUUAACCUGGUAGAAUUGUGAUGUACUGCUGCGUGUGUGUAAUAUUAAGCCAUGAUAUAUUAACAAUUUUCCUUUUCUUUCUUUGUUUAUACUUGAACUAAUUAUUCCUGUUUUCAUGUAUUACAAGUUUAGAAAUGUAUUUUUGUAUCUGUACAUGUAAACAUUAAGUGUUCUGAGAUACUUUAGCGGCUGCUUUCAGGCGUUUCAGAUUGGCGGCAUGGUUUCUCCGAUCUAGAAUCGUGCCUGAAGCUAAAAUUUCUCCUUGAAGAUCCUCGUGGCUCGGAGACACCUGUGCCUACCAAGCCAUUUGCCUUUCAGCUUCACUUAAAUCUGUACUUUUUGUUUCUCACUGGAUUUUGUACACUGUAAAUAAACGUCAUGUAAAAAUUUUUUUUUUUUUUAAAUAAAAUUAUAAUUCUUGAA